CCAUUUUUAUUUUAUUUAAUUUAUUUUAAGAUUCGUGCUGAAUUACGGCAGGCUGAGGAACAAAUACGACAGAGAGGCCGUGCUGCGGAAGUGCGGUGGUCAUGUGACAAAUGGCAACAAACUGCAUUAGGUUCAACAAUUCAACAAGUUUUAAGUGCUUUAGAUGCUCUUGACCGUCACAAUUUUGAUAGAGUUGAUAAUAAUAAUUCUCUAGAUGUCUUAUAUGCAAAAGUUUUUCCAUCAUCUGCAAAUAAAGAAAAAUGCUCUAAUUAUGGAAGCCUGAGUGAAAUGCUUGUGCAAGAUGAAGCAAUUGUUCGAUUACUUUGUGAAUGGGCUGUAACUACUAAACGCUGUGGUGCUCAUAGAGCACUUGUUGUUGCUAAACUGUUGGAAAAAAGGCAGUCAGAAUUAACAACUGAGAAAUUUGGUGAAGCUGAUACUGCUGAUGAAAAAGAUUCUCAGGAUUCUACAAGUGUGUUACCUUUAGGUUUACCUCUGUAUCAGAACCUUUUAGUCAAUUUUUUAGAUACACAGGCACCUGUCAUAGAUGAUAGACCUUCUGUCGACAGUAAAAAUGCCUUUUCCAAUCUCGUCUUGCUAUUUGCGGAACUGAUUCGCUAUGACGUUUUCUCACAUGAUGCAUAUAUGUGUACUCUUAUUUCAAGAGGCAGCUUUACUAAUGCAGUGGGAACACAAGUUGGCUCUGCAACAGGUUGCAUACCACAAUCAAAUAAGUCUAUUUCUACUCCGGAACCCUCACUGACUGGAUUUAUGCCUGAUCCAUCAAGAGGUUUAUCACCUGGGCCUGGCAGUGCUGGUUGUAUAGGAAUAGGAAGCAUGCCUGGCUUGGGCAUUCCCUCGAUGGAGCGACAAGAAUCUCUUCCAAUGUUUGAACCUCCUGAUAAUCAUCCUGGCUCUGUUAAACAUGAGGCAUCAUGGGAGUCUGAAAUGGAUUUGGAUGAUGCUCGUAUUGAUGCUGACUUAGGGAAACUUUUACAGCACAUUAAAGAGGGACAACAAAAUAUGAGUGAUCAGCCAGAUUCUGUUGGAUCAGAUAAAGAUGAAUCUACUGCACUCAAUGCUUCUACUCCAUUGGCACAUCCUCCUCUUGUUCCUUGCUGUACUCCUGGUACAGAAAACUUAGCAAACUCUGCAAAUGUAAAUUCUUCACCACCUACAACUUUAAGUAAUACUGCAAGGCACUUACUAUAUACUACCCAUUUCCCCUUGCCACAGGAUGAGGCUGCUUCACAUGAUUGCAAUCAAAGACAUAUUUUAUUGUUUGGUGUUGGAAAAGUCCGUGAUGAAGCCAGACAUACCAUCAAAAAGAUGGUGAAAGAAAUAAUGAAGCUUUUCAGUAAAAAAACAUGCAUGGAUAUUGCAGAUAGUGCCAAAGUUAAGAAAAAUGCCAAAGAUGGUUUUAAUUUUGAAGCUGUUGUCAGUAAAUUUCAGAGCUUGUCCUAUUUUGAUCAGCAUGUUGUGACAACAAUAUGCGCGACAUCUGUGAUUGAAAUGCUGAGUGCCUUUGCCAUGGGAAAUUCCAAUUACCUUCCUUUGGUUGAAUACAUUGCCUUUUUGUUUGAACUAAUGGAAAUUGCCUUAAAUAUUCAUGGAUUAAUUGAGUUUACUAUUCAGUUGCUUAAGGAACUAGUCGAUGUUGAAGCUCAGCUUGCUCAAAAAUCUUCCACUUUAACUGGAAGUUAUGCUACAUCAGUAGGAUUAAGCAUCGUUGGGGUACUGUACACAUAUCAUUGCUGCCUACUUGUUUCUCAAGACCAAACUCUUGCAGUUUUUGAUGGUCUGUGUAGAAUUAUUAAGCACAUAAAUACACCAACAGAUUGCUCUUCUGCAGAGAGGUGCAUACUUUCAUACUUGUUUGAUAUGAAUUCUUCAUGUAGUUACGUUAAGCCUCGGCAUUCAGAACAGUUUGGAAACAUAUAUCCUAAAGUCAAAUCUGUUAUUUAUGGUUCUACUACCCCAUCUGUGAUAAAUUUGCUUUGGAAUACAAAGUUUAUGAUUGAAUAUAUUACUGAUCCAAGAUUGAAAGUGGAUAUGCAGCUUAUAAAACAACUUAAUGAGCAGCCUGCAUUACGAUAUAGUUUUGUCUGCAAUGCUAUUCAUGGUAUUUCAGUAACUAGAGAUCCUGACAGGUUAAAUGAAAUAGCUGUUCUAUGUGCUGAACUUACUGCAAAGUGUUGUCCCUUGAGUGCAGAAUGGCUUGGUGUACUGAAAUCAUUAUGCUGGUCUUCAAACCACAGCUGUGGAUUCAUAGAUGUGCUCACUCAAGUUGAUGUUUGUGAUUUGUCAGUUCAUGAUAAUCUGGCAGUCCUGACAUCAAUUCUUGUAGCACGUCGAUGUUUCCCACUGCCGGAUUUUGUGGCUCAUGUUGCUAUACCAUCUAUUCUUGCUGCAUGUCCGACUGGUGGUGGAGAUCCAGAUGCUGAAUCAGGGGCAAGGCUUACUUGUCAUAUACUUCGCCGUUUAUUUAAGAAAGCAUAUUCACCACCAGGUGUCUAUCAUGUUGGUAAUGCUCCAAGUGUUCCUGCAUCUGGCAGCACUAGGAGACAUAUGUAUUGUAUAAAAUAUCCAUGUGACCGUCAUUUACUCUCUGCCAUCCACUCUGGAAUGAGAGUAGAAGCCAUCUCAGCAGUUCUAAAGGCGUUAUUGGUUUUAGGUGAUUCUGUGCCUGCAAGUGAUAAGUCUAAAGAAAAUCAAAAUAAAGAAAUAAAUCUAUCUGAUAUUUUGGGAUCUAUGGAUGAUGGUGAAUUUGAUCUUGGACUACCCCCAUCCUUAGGACGUCCUCAAAAUCAGAAUGCUAACAGUAGUGCUUCUAAUAACAACUCUGGUACAGGUGGACCUAUGGAUAAAGCUGGAUUAAAUGAUUUUGCCAAACAUGUAUUAAAACAGAUUUGCUGUCAAGAAUGGGUUCAUGAGCGAUGUUUACGUUAUCCAGAAACUCUAUGUUCUCAAGAAGUUCUAUUAGAUCAGGUUUUGUCCCCCCAGCAGUCACAGCAUUUACUAAGAAUGAUAUGUCGUCCACAAGAAGCUGAUAUUCCACCUAAUAUAUUUGAUCCAGCUGAUCAAAAGACAUUAAUAACAAACAUUCUUCAAGUAAGCUAUGUUCUGAAUUGUAGAAUAAUAGUUUAAAAGUUAUUUUAUAGCUAAAGAAAGUUUUGAAAUGUCUUACUUGUAAAAACAGGUGAAAUAGAUUCAUUCUCUUACUGUAAGAAACUGCAUGAA